AUGUGGAAUCCCAACUACGAGAUUGUGCAGCUGACUGGAGGGCUGGAAACAAAUUCUCCUUCCAAUCAGGCAGCCAAGCAGAACAGCCACUCAGCCAUAGAUCACAAAUCAGCCAUGUGGCAGAGACGCCAUCCCCAGGAAGCUGGAGGAGACCAGCCAGAGGCCCCUGCCCAGCCAGAGGCCUGGAAGAUCCGCUACGAGAAGUCCUGGCUGCACCGACACUGCUCUUCCCUGUUGCGCAGGGACAAGCAGGCUCAGAAAGCUGGACAGCUUUUCUCAGGCCUCCUAGCCAUGAACGUGGUGUUUCUAGGCAGUGCCUUCAUCUGCAGUAUGAUUUUUAACAAGGUGGCCAUUACUCUGGGAGAUGUUUGGAUCUUCUUGUCCAUCCUCAAGAUCCUGGCCUUAGGCUGGAUAGCAUACUAUUUACUGUUCACUAGGCGGAAGCCACAUGCAGUCUUGUAUCGGGAUGGCCACGCAGGGCCAGUCUGGGUUAAGGGAUCUCUCAUGCUGUUUGGAGUGUGCAGCAUCCUCCUGAAUGUCUUCCGGAUAGGAUACGACAUUAUCCACCUUCAGUGCAAAUCCCAGCUGGAAAUCCUGUUCCCCUGCAUAGAAAUACCCUUCAUCUGUAUUCAGACUUAUUUUAUAUGGCAUCAUGCAAAGGACUGUACCCAGGUUCAGCACAACCUCACGAGAUGUGGGCUGAUGCUUACUAUGGCCACUAAUCUUCUGCUGUGGCUCUUAGCAGUGACCAACGAUUCCGUUCACAGGGAAAUUGAUUCAGAACUUAACAAACUUAUGCGGGCAUUUGAAGGAAACAGGACCAGCUCCUGCAAGUGUCCUAACACAAUAGCAUGCAAGGUCUUCCAGAGAGGAUAUAUUUUGCUGUAUCCCUUCAACACAGAAUACUGCUUGAUCUCCUGUUCCAUGCUCUAUGUCAUGUGGAAGAAUGUGGGCCGGCGCAUUACUCAAAACCAUGCUGCUCGUUCUAAGCCUAAAUUUGAAAUCCGUGGCUUAAUUUUUGGGCCUCUGCUUGGCAUUUCUGCAGUAAUCAUUGGCAUCUGUAUUUUCAUGCUGUAUCAGAUCCAAGCCGCCAAUUCCUCCCCAAGCUAUCAUGUGUUCAUACUCUAUUAUUCCUACUACAUCACUUUGCUGCCUUUGAUGACAGUAGGGGCCCUGGCUGGAACUAUCAUCCAUGGUCUAGAAGAAAGGGAGCUGGACACACUGAAAAAUCCAACACGAAGCCUUGAUGUGAUCUUGCUUAUGGGAGCAGCUCUGGGCCAGAUUGGCAUCUCGUAUUUUUCCAUUGUAGCCAUUGUGGCCAUGAACCCAAAGGGUCUGUUGAACAGUAUUAUCCUAGCCUAUUCAGUGUGCCUCAUUAUUCAGCACAUCACCCAGAAUAUCUUCAUCAUUGAGGGGCUCCAUAGGCAGCCACUGGUGGAGAUGGAAACAAAAGGAGAGAAGUGUGAAGAUAGUCCUUCGAAAGCAUAUAGCUUAGAGAUAAGACAAGAGAUCAGAAGAGCUUCUCAAGCCUACGUUCAGAACUGGAAAAGGAAGGCUCUGCAGGAGAUCUCCAGCUUCUUGAUCAUGUGCAACAUCAUACUAUGGAUCAUGCCAUCCUUUGGAGCACAUCCAGAGUUUGAGAAUGGAUUAGAAAAAUCAUUUUAUGGCUACUCCACCUGGUUUGCUAUCGUCAAUUUUGGGCUGCCCUUGGGUGUGUUCUACAGAAUGCAUUCAGUUGGUGAUCUUCUGGAGGUGUAUCGGUCAGCCUGAAUCAAACUCAGUUCUUUGUAUAUAGAUGCUGCAGUAAAAUACUGAACAUACAGACCCAGGAA